AUGAAGAUUAAACAGGAAAACAUAACAAACACAACUUCAAUCAAUACUAGCAACGUUAAUGAUAAACCCAAGCCAAAACGUAAGAAAACAUCAAGAGCAUGCAAUCAUUGUCAUAAGGCACAUAUGACCUGUGACUCGGGUCGUCCGUGCAAGCGAUGCAUUCAAAGAGGAUUAGAUUCAACAUGUGAAGAUGCACCCCGAAAAAGAAAGAAAUAUCUUCAAGAUGUACCCAAUUCUUCUUUGAUGUCUAACCACAGCAUGAAUAGCAGUGAUAAUUUGGACAGUAAUGGUGUGUCACCAAUGCAGCCGACAUUGCUGCAACCCAUGCCACCUGUACAAGAACUGUCAUUGCCCACAAAUAUACCUAAUCAAUCUCAAGUUCCGUCACAAUCGCCAAACACGGCCCUGCAAAAACAGCUUCUGUAUUCACCUCCAUUGGCUUCUACUUACUCCCCUAAUCACAAGACAUAUCUGGCAACAUUGUUUCAACACAGUGCAACUUCACCGGAGUUGAUGCAAACAGUGCCCGAAUAUUUCCCGGAACUUUACAACCAACACUAUCAACCUUCGGCAAAUCCUAAUCAGAAAAGACGAACAAAUUUCUUGUCAACAGCAGCUGACUUGGAGUAUUCUACAUUAUCAAAUAUUCUUCAAGAGAACUUUGGUCAUCACACAACAUCAAACGAAGGCACCCCUAAUUCGCAUAACUUUUCACCAGCAUUAUCACCGCAUAAUAUGCCUACAAAUAAUACUAAUGCGCCAUCUACAUCAACCCAGUUACUUACUAAUGAUCAGCAGCGGCAGGCGACAUCAUUUAACAAUCACACCAAACACAACACCCCAUCACCGUUAAAUACAAGCCAUACCAAACUUUAUGAGGAUGCCAGGUAUCCAAAAUGUGACGAAACCAUUAAUCAAUAUUUCUUGGGUGACACUGACUCGGGUAAAAUGGUCGUAUUCCCAGAUGUUUUGACAGCAAUUGAAAAUAUGAAAAACAAUGAUCCAGCGGUAUAUUUGGAACGUAAUUCCAAACUGGCGCUAUCCUUUGUCAUGAGUAUACAGCAUGAAAACAAUUCUAACGGUGGUAAAGAAGAUCAAUUAUUCAAAGAACCAGAAGAAAUAUACGAGAAAGUGAAAAAACCAUUUUCCUAUACCCCAGGGUAUCACUCGUUGAUUGCAUAUUUAAGAAAAAGAUUCACAAAACCAAUGUUAGUGAAAAUGGCCGAAUCAAUGGCCACAUAUAGACCCUCAUUUAUUGCAUGUACAAAUUCAUUGAAAGAACACGACUUGAUAUUUAUGGAACAGUGUUUCCAGAGAACAUUGCUAACUUAUGAUAAUUAUAUAAAAAUCAGUGGCACGCCAACCAUUGUAUGGAGAAGAACUGGAGAAGUAGCAUAUGUGGGAAACGAAUUUUGUGUAUUAACUGGUUGGCCCAAAGAGGAGUUGAUUGGGAAAGAUAAAAGAAAAUUUAUUGUAGAAUUACUAGACGACAAGUCGGUAUUGCAAUAUUUCCAAGUUUUUUCAAGAAUUGCGUUUGGUGAUUUCUUAGGGGCCACUAUGACAGAAUGUACCUUAUUGACACCAAACCCUAAUGUUAAAAUAAGAACGGGGUGCAUGUGGACCUUGAAAAGAGAUGUAUUUGGUAUUCCCAUGAUGAUUGUGGGGAACUUUUUACCAAUACUAUGA